GGAAGUGAAGCUUGCCAGGGCUUGCGAACCUCAGAGCAGAGCCAGCCCUGCUCACGUCUUGUGCCUCCGUCCGAGUCGGCCAGCAGCCCCCCCCACUGGGACCACCAUGAGCCCCGCCCUCUCUGCCCUGCUGUGCCUCGGGCUGUGUCUGGGCCACAGGACGAGGGCGCAGGAAGACGAGCUCCCCAGACCCUCCCUCAGAGCAGAGAAUGGGUCACUGGUGCCCCUAGGGAGAAGGGUGACCUUCAGGUGCCGGGGGUCACCGGGGGCUGCUGUAUACCUUCUGGAGAAACAGCUGGGAUCUGAAUUCCAACGUAUCGACUCCGAGCUGUCACAGGAAGAUGAGGUCGAGUUUUCCAUCCCAUCGAUGACACUGAAUGACGCAGGGACCUACUUCUGUCGCUACAGAAAAGCAUUCUUCUUGUCAGAGCUCAGUGACCCCCUGGAGCUGGUGGCCACGGACCGCUAUGACCCGCCCUCCCUCUCGGCCUGGCCCAGCUCCGCGGUGGCCGAAGGACAGGCCGUGACCCUCCGGUGCCAGUCCGAGAAGCGCUAUGACCGCUCUGCCCUGUACAAGGACGGAGAACAAGUCACCAAAGCCCCGGCCCAGCCCCUUGCUCAGGGCUCUCAGGCCGAUUUCUCCAUCCCUGCUGUGAACUCCACCCACAGAGGGACAUACAGAUGCUACAGCUUCUGGAGUCUCUCCCCCCGUGAGUGGUCAUUCCCCAGUGAGCCCCUGGAGCUCAGGGUCACAGGUCCUGCAGCCCAGGAUUACACGCUGGGCAAUAUCAUCCGCCUUGGUCUGACCGGGCUGGUGCUCGUCCUCCUGGGGGUCCUGCUGGCUGAAGCCUGGAACAGCUGCAGGGGACGCCCAGGGGGGGCUCCCACAUCUUCUGACAGAAGGGAAGGCGGGGCUGGAGGGCCCUGAAGGCGCGGAUCCCAAAGACUCACGGAGUCCUGCCCACACCCAGACAGAGGAAGGGCCCAGCAUUUGGGGGGUCUACACCAGUCUCAUCAUUGGGUGGCGAGUGUCCACAUCAUCCCCAUCAAGGGUCCGGCAGGAGCCAUACACCUGAGCCUCCUCCCGCACGCCUUUGGCCAUCAUGGCUCUGGGGGCCCUAGGCCCACCCUGACUAGCAGCAGGACCCCCUGCCUCCCCCCCCAUCCUCAAGACAAAGGUCACAUCUGCUGACCAAGUUAGUUGUACAAAAGAAGCUCUUGAGCCACUGAACUCAUAAACUGACAAAAAUCACCCCAGAACAAGAAGGGAGGAAAGGCACCUGCAAGCACUGAGUGGGCGUGCUUAAGGAGUCAUUGGCAACCCCGAAGGGGGAGCUUCUGCCAUUUCGAACAUGGAUUGCCUGAUGAGGGAGGGCUAACAUGUCCAAGAGAAACAUGCAAUGAGAGGACCAGGAAGCGUGUUAACAUUGUCCUCCCCAGACAGUUGGGGUGAUGAGGGAGGGACUCUUUGCUUCUAGAUAAAAAACAAAAGGCUCAGUCCUGCAUCUAUAAGUAUGGUAACCUUGCCCCCCCCCCAAGAACACAGUCUAUUUUUUGCAAGAACCAUAAAUAAAGCAACGUUCUUGUGCAAAAAUGUUGGUAGCAGCUCUUCUUGUGGUAACAAAAAAUUGGAAAAUAAGUCGAUGCCCAGCAGUUGGGGAAUGGCUGGACAAGCUGUGGGACAUGAAGCUCAUGGAAUAUUAUUGCUCUAUAAAAACUGAUGAAUCAGCCAAUUUUAGAAAGUCCUGGGAAGAUUUACACUAAUUGAUGGUGAGCCAAACAAGUAGAAGCAGGAAUACAUUGCAGCAACAUGUGCCAUGAUCAACUCUGAAAGACUUGUUCUUCUCGGUAGUGCAGUGAUCCAGAGACAUCCCACUAGACUUUGCACAGAAAAUGCCAUCUGCACCCAGAAAAAAUCUAAGGAGACUGAAUGUCAAUCAACACAUGCCAUGUUCACUUCUUUUUUUUCCAUUAUUUUAUCUGUCCUAUUUUUUUUGUUUCUUCCCUUUUGCUCUGAUCCUUCUCUCCCAACAUGAUUCAUAAAACAAUGUCUGUUAAAAAUAAGAAAUAAGAGAGAGAAAGUGUGGUCCCAUGAGUGUAGGGCUUUGGGUGAGGGAAAAUGAGUGCUUGCUCUUAAAUCUGGCAGAGUUGAGGAAGAUCAGGAGACCGAGCUUGAAAGCUGAGAAUACUGUCAUGACAGCAUCCCCAGCAAGCUUCUCUGAUCACUUUGGGACUCAAAUCCAAGCUAUUUGGGACAAAACGGAAAGAUAUGUUGAACAUCUAGAAGUUGGGUCUAAAAUUCCAGGCAGCAAAAGACUUGGGCUGAAAAAACUAGUUCUGUGUGUGGGACAGCAACUUUCAUGUCAAUUCAUAUCAGAGACUCUCAAGGGAAAAAGAAAAAAUAAGGAUUUAUUACCAUUUGGGGAGGAAGGGCAACUCCCAACAGACAAGGUUUCAGUAGAGGAAUGCAAAGCACAAACUGCAAAACUCAAAAUUUAUAGCCCCUAUACGUACACUCCCCCAACUGUUCUGCCACUUUCUAGGGGAGUGCAAGCUUACACCCUAAAUGCAGAAAGUCUAUCCCAGGAACAAAAGAUUACUAUUUUCCUUUUUUAAUUAGUAUUUUUAAAUAACUUUUAAUUGACAGAACCCAUGCCAGGGUCAUUUUUUACAACAUUAUCCUUUGCACUCACUUCUGUUCCGAUUUUUCCCCUCCCUCCCUCCACCCCCUCCCCCAGAUGGCAAGCAGUCCUAUACAUGUUAAAUAGGUUACAGUAUAUCCUAGAUACAAUAUAUGUGUGCAGAACCGAACAGUUCUCUUGUUGCACAGGGAGAAUUGGAUUCAGAAGGUAGAAAUAACCCAGGAAGAAAAACAAAAAUGCAAGCAGUUUAUAUUCAUUUCCCAGUGUUCUUUCUUUGGGUGUAGCUGCUUCUCUCCAUCCUUGAUCAAUUGAAACUGAGUUAGAUCUUCUCUUUAUUGAAGAAACCCACUUCCAUCAGAAUACAUCCUCAAACAGUAUCGUUGUUGAGGUAUAUAAUGAUCUCCUGGUCCUGCUCAUUUCACUCAGCAUCAGUUCAUGUAAGUCUCGCCAGUCCUCUCUGUAUUCAUCCUGCUGGUCAUUUCUUACAGAACAAUAAUAUUCCAUAACAUUCAUAUACCACAAUUUACCCAGCCAUUCUCCAAUGGAUGGGCAUCCAUUCAUUUUCCAGCUUCUAGCCACUACAAACAGGGCUGCUACAAACAUUCUGGCACCUACAGGUCCCUUUCCCUUCUUUAGUAUCUUUUUGGGGUAUAAGCCCAGAAGUAGCACUGCUGGGUUAAAGGGGAUGCACAGUUUGAUAACUUUUUGAGCAUAGUUCCAAACUGCUCUCCAGAAUGGCUGGAUGUGUUCACAAUUCCACCAACAAUGUAUCGGUGUCCCUGUUUUCCCACAUCCCCUCCAACAUUCCGCAUUAUCUUUCCCUGUCCUUCUAGCCAAUCUGACAGGUGUGUAGUGGUAUCUCAGAGUUGUCUUAAUUUGCAAUUCUCUGAUUAAUAAUGAUUUGGAGCAUAUGUUCAUAUGUCUAUAAAUAGUUUUAAUUUCUUCAUAUGAGAAUUGUCUGUUCAUAUCCUUUGACCAUUUAUCAAUUGGAAAAUGGCUUGAUUUCUUAUAAAUUAGAGUCAAUUCUCUCUAUAUUUUGGAAAUGAGGCCUUUAUCAGAAUCUUUGACUGUGAAAAUGUUUUCCCAGUUUAUUGUUUCCCUUCUAAUCUUGUCUGCAUUUGUUUUGUUUGUACAAAAACUCUUCAAUUUGAUAUAAUCAAAAUUUCCUAUUUUGUGGUCAAUAGUGAUGUCUAGUUCUUCUUUGGUCAUAAAUUCCUCCCUCUUCCACUAGUAAAUAACAAACUCUUUAACCAUCAGGUGUUAAAUGGUAAUUAAAAGGUUGGGGAACAGGGAGGGAAAUGUUCAUCUAAGACACUUGAACACCUGCAGCUUCUAACUAUACCUCAACCUGUUAUUGCAAAGGCUCAAGUCACAAUUAGGGCAUAGGUGAAGGCCACAUUCCCAUGAAAUGUCUUCCCUGAGUUUAUCCCAUUCAUCUCCAAAAAACACAGAAGGAAUAAAUUCGUUCUUUGCUCCUGAGUGGAAUUAGGAUCUGGGAUGGGAAAACCUUAGAGUUAAAUGGCCAGAGCCCCUUUCCUCAAAUCCCUCUAGAUGGUGCUCAGAGGAUCUUCUGGCCAAGGAAUCUAUCUUCUGAAGAUCAGGUUUGCCCAACUUUGAAUAUAUGUGUAAACAGUAAGGAACCAAAUUGAUAGAAGGAGAGAGCCUGUGCCGGCCUCCCCCUGCCAAAGGCAGAGAAGGGAACAAAUGGAGACUCGGUGCAUGUCUGUUAAGCCUGUGAUAUAUAUAUUAUGAUUAUCCCUUUUUGUACUUAAAAGGAACUGGACAAAAAGAGUGCCCUUUAUUUGGGAAGUGGCUGAAUAAAAAAUUAUGAUAAAUGAA